AUGGAGUCGUCCCCUUUGACACAACAGACCCGUCCAGAAGCCUUCCAGCCCAAAAUAGUCCAGCUCUAUGAAAACUUACUUUUUAAUCCCGACUAUGUGGAACCUACGGAGGGAUUUUGGCGGGAGUUCUUACUUCUCCCGCCCGACAGGCCGUCCCUUGCUGAAAUGCUCAACCGGAUAGGUCCUGAUGAUAUGCUGCACAUUCAGGCCCAAACCCAGCGCCUCUUUGCCCGUGCUAUACGAGAGUCGGCUUCUGGGAGGGCCCCAGUGAAUUCCCACGCUCUUGAGACUUUAUCCACCUUCCUUGGUGGUGUUUUGUCGAAGAAAUACACCAAUCCAAGUGCAGAUAUCAUCACCAUCCUUGCAGGUUUACAUGAAGUAGACCAGGUAUUCUCAGAAUUUGUUUCCGUCUUAGACGGCAUUAUACGGAAUGGAACAAACUUGGAUCUACGGUCCAAAGCUGUGGAUUCCGCGAUUGCAAUAACGAGUGGCGCUUAUAAAACCGGCCUUAUUUCCUACUUUAUGCAUCGAGAUUUAUUUCCAUCUCUAAUGAAACUUGUACAUGAUUCCGAUACCCCCAUGCAGAUUUUCAAGCCUUUUUUGUUAUUGGGACUCCUUGCGAAUUACAACAAGUUCGAGUUCCAAAACCCCUAUCAACUGCGACUCGAUGAUUUUGUCAACGAAGCAACGAUUUCGAAGAUCGUCCGGGGCGUUGGCAACACUUGCUCCAUUCUAAGGAACUCUUAUGUUGCAGUUCAAGAUGAUCUUCCCGAGGGCUGGACUUGGAGCGGUACGCUGGCGUUCUUCGGACUUGGUGUGCUUGCUGGAAGGUCCAAAACCCAGCCGCUCACCACCGAGGAGAUUAAAGAGCGGUUUGCAGAGCUUCCUUCAUUUGAAGCAGCAGUAUUGCUUUCAAUAUCUGUGCGAGUGGCCCUCUACUCCGAAGCAAAUUUGCUGUCUCUGCAAAUUCUUGUGGAGGAUCCUGUUCUGUGCAAGCAGAUAUGCAGCGAUGAAAACAAGAGAUCUGUGAGACUCUGCCGGCAGCGAACGCCCCAUCUGCCAUUGGUAAAUGGGGAUAGGGUCUUAGCCACUGUCAUUUUUGACAUAAUGAUCGACACUAUCACUCAUAAUCUUCGCAAAAGUCUUGAUGUCUUCCUUUACAGCCAUGUGAUGUCCAUCAUCCUCCGCCUCUUAACGUAUGUUUCAGCGAACAAAACCCGCUUACAAUACCACUGGUCCGAACUAUGGCGCAGUCUACUGACCCUGGUUCGUUUCCUCACCACUUACGCCACCGAUUUGUCUUCCGACCCAAACAUUCAUCUUCUCACGACAGAUUUAAUUAACCUCCUUGCAUUUUGCAUAUCUGCUGGCGAUACCUUUCUCCCCGACCCGGCCUCUUACGACGAUCUCUUCUACAAAUUAGUCGAAGCGGGCCCUAUCCUCAGCCGUUUCCGCGAAGUGUAUAAAACUACGUUUUCAGCGCCAUCAAAAGCCCCCAACGGCAAACUUGAUCACAAAAGUAGCCAAUAUGACUCAAGCAAAUCGCUAGCUCUUCUCCUUAGAGUCUCAACUCAUUUCCAUUCCCUGUUAUUCCUCCCCGAAAAGCAGAAAGAAGAUACCACGACCGAAUCUACGGUUCCGACCACUCACAGCAACAAAAAGAAAAACCUCAGUCCUCGCGAGGUUCACAGCAUCAUCAAAGAAGGCUACGCGACUCUCAGUAUUGAGCCACAGGAAGGGUUGAGUAAUUGGGAAAAGUGGCGCGAAGCUGACUGGAAGCCCCGUCUCAAGCGGAUCGGGCGUACAGCGGUUGACGAUUCGCGGACUCUUGUGGCGACUCGUGGGGAAGGCAUGCAGAGUCAAUUGCCGGUACCUGGCGGUAAAAGUAUUGGGGCUGGUGGAGAGAAAUGAUGCUUCAUGCUAGGACCGUCUUCUCACUCGCAUCGAUUGUGGAUGGGCUCCCCUUUUCUAGCUCGUUCUAUUCAAUUUGUCUAAAGCAAGUUUAUCUUUGCACAAUAUCCCAUUUCAUCAAGGAUCUGUAUCCUGAGUUCAAUAAAAGAUAUGAUAUGUCCACAGCCA